AUGACGCUAGUAGCAGAUUUGCCCUCACGAGCUGUGUCUCAGAAUAAUUGGAGUAUCCAUCCUAAGUUUGGGGUGAGCACUAAUGAUAAGAAAAGGAAAGCUGUGGACCCACUUAGUGCUAAAGCAAAGAAGAAAAAAUCCUCUGAAGAUGUGGCUCGCAAAAUAGCUGAGCUGUCAUCUAGUGUUGAGCACCUACAAGCCUUGUUGUCUGCUAUGCACCUAGCUCCUACUGACAGACUGCAUACUGGAGAGGGGCAGAAUGUCCCACCCUCAGCCUUCUCACAGCUUGGCACAGACUCAUUCCCUGAUUCCGAUGUGGUGUCGGUUGCUGUCUUUGAGUCCCAGUUCACUGUCGGCUUGGCUCGGCUUGGUGAUUAUGCACAAUGUAAGAGACCUGAUGUUGGGGAAAACAGGGUUAUAGUUGAUGACUCUGGUCAGGAGACAUUCCCAAAUGGGGCCACUGUAACAUUCAAGUGUUCUAUUGGUUAUCGGCCUGUGAGUUCAUUAGCGUCCAAGAGUAUUACCUGUUUUGGAACAGAGUGGACCAAACUGGAGCUUAAUUGCACAAAAAAGUCCUGUGGACUUCUUUCUGAUCUUUCCAGUGGGAAGUAUAUUUAUCCAAAUGGACAUCUGUUUGGUGCAACAGCCGAAGCACAGUGUAAUGAAGGAUAUAUGCUUGUUGGACAAAAAACUAGCAAUUGUCGUGACAAUGGAUGGGAUGGGAGAGACCCUGUGUGUGAAGUGGUAAAAUGUGAACCACCUCCCGCUAUACCAAAUGGAGAGUUUGAGCCCGUGGACACAUCCUAUAAUUAUAAUCAAGCAGUCGUGUACUCUUGUAGUGGAGAUUACUCUCUUACUGGAGAAUCCACAAUAACCUGUUCUGAUAAUGGAACCUUUCAUCCUUCUCCUCCUCAGUGUAAAUUGGUAAUGUGUGAAACACCCAACAUUAAAAAUGCAGUUAGAGUUGAAGGAAAACCACCACCCUACAGAUAUAAAAAUUUCGUCCGAUACCAAUGUAUUGAAGGGUACACCAUGACUGGAUCUGAUUACCUGGUCUGUGAUGUAAAUGGAUGGAAUCCACCUCCCCCUGAGUGCAUCCCACAAUGUGAGAGACCGUUUCUUGAGGGAAACCGGGUUCUCCUUGAUGAAUCGGGCAAAGAUGUUUUCCCUGAGGGAGCCACUGUAACAUUCGGAUGUUCCACUGGGUAUCAGCCUGUGUUAUCAAGUAGUUCCAGGUCAAUCACCUGCAGUAACAAAAAGUGGACUGAACUAAGCCUUCAGUGCGAAAAAAAGUCCUGUGGAAGUCCGGGUGAAAUUGCAAAUGGAAGGUAUAAAACUCCAGAUGGAAUUCUGUUUGGUGCAACAGCCACUGCAGAAUGUAACCAAGGAUAUAUGGUUGCUGAACUUGGUAAAACUAGAAAUUGUCGAGAGAGUGGUUGGGAUGGGAGACUUGCAGUGUGUGAAGUGGUUAAGUGUCAACCACCUCCCAGUAUACAGAAUGGACAGUUUGAGUUCAUGGACUCUUAUAGUUAUGGUGACGUAGUCGAAUACUCUUGUAGUAAAGAUUACACUCUUGUUGGAGACUCAACAGUAACGUGUUCUGAGAAUGGAACAUUUCAUCCUUCUCCUCCUCGGUGUUUGGUAAUCAAGUGUGAUGCACCUAAAAUAAAUAAUGCAGUUAGAAUUGAAGGCAGAUCACCACCCUACACAUAUAAACAGUUUGUGCGGUACAAGUGUAAUGAAGGCUACAAAAUGGAAGGGAGCGACUUCCUGACCUGUGAUGUAGAAGGAUGGACUCCUCCUCCUCCAAUGUGCAUUCGUGCCGAUCUAGAUAAACCAACCCCAGGUCCAUCCCCACCUGAAGGUGGCACUGAAAACCCCCCAAGCAAUAAAGACAAGAGUCACGCAGUUGGGGUUGGGAUUGGAGUUACUGUUGCUGUUGUGCUUAUUCUUGGGGCUGUAAUUAUUAUUGUCGUCAUGAAGAAACGCUCUGCUUGGGGAAAGGUGCCCAGUAGAAAUGAAGGGGGAGUAUAACACCACCAUUGUCCUGACAAUGAUUGUUCCAAACCCAUGGCGAUCUCCUGCUUCCUGUUGGUCUGUAUGUUUUCCUGUGAAGCUGAUGCACAUGUAGGAAUGAGCAGAGCAUCUGUUUAAUCAUCAUUUGUUCUUGGAUUUUUGCCCAGCUAGUUGUUAAUGUGUGCUUUGAUUUAAAUGAAGACUUUAUUCUGUAGGACUUGGGUUCACAGCCAUUUUAUGGACUGAACUAUAGCCUACAAAUAAACCUUUAUAUUUCCAGUGUGUGUGUGGCGGCGGCGAUGAAGUUAGGAGUGUGUUGAUGAUGAACUUGUAGGCUGUAAUUAUGCUCUUUGAUGGAGAUGAUGAUUAUUGGAGAGGACCCAUUAAUAUCCUUUGCACUGAUGCCUUAAAGUGACAGAUGUGAUUGUAAAGAGCCAAACCAGAUACACGCUAGUUCCAAAAACUUGCUUCCCAAUACAGUCUUUGCUUCAUUAAGUCUUUUUCCAUGCCGCUGGAAUGUGUACUAAUGCUUUCACAGGCCCAUAGCUGUGACCCAGUGGUUGGGGAACCUCAGCUUUACUAUGUUGUGUCCUUUUAUUAAUUUGAGCUAGAGUUAAUUUAUUAAAAAAAAAAAGUGGGAGUGUGAGUACUUAAGCUGCUCAUCUUGUGGUCUUAAUGAAUAACUAUAUUUCAUACUCCUAUAGCAUGGAUCGGACCAAAAAAAUUAUUCAGAUUGAUUGAUUGCCUGGUACAUAUAACACACUGAACCCUGGUUUGUGCAGUCUUUACAUUCUGUCCUUAGCACUGCCUUGGGUAUAAUAAUCACUCGCAAGCGUCAACAGCUAAUCGUGCAAACGGAACCGUUUGGGCUGUGUUCCUAUUUAGUGUCGAACAGAAUCUUUACCCGUUGACUCAAAGUAUUCCAGGUGACAAAAGAAAUGUUACACAUCCCUUAACCAGAACACUGAGAUCUGUUGCAUUUGUAAUGUUUUCAUCUUCAUUUAUCUUCACAAAAUCCACUUAAUCAUAUACACUGUUAGUUUAGAGCAUGUAGCUUGUACCUGUUGAAUCUAAAUUGUGUGCGCGGAGACUCACUGUGCCACAAUGAACCACAGCUUGUUUAAAAGCAGCGACGUUUAACAUAAGACAAUGUUAUAAUCAGUAGACGUGACUUGUCGCUCUCGUGUGCGCUCAAUAAAUAAUUCUUUUCAGGAAUCUAGUUCUGCCAAGCAAAAUGAAAACACAACUUGCUACUUAGCAAGUAAACUCCCCGACUAUAAUUUAAUAGUCUUUAAAAUCUUUUAUAAUAUUUAGCUAUAAGAUUAAAGAUCGUGUUUGAGAAUUGACUGUUACUAGAAAAUGCAUGUAAAGGAUUCGUGUUGUGUGUUUGACUUUGUGAAAUGUAGCAAGAACAUUUGUGCAUACUUGUACAAAAGAUGUCCAAAGUCUUAAUUUAAUCCAGGAAAGAUUCACGACCAUUUAGUGUUCUUUUUAGCAGGGACUUUAUUGAUCUGUUAUCUGAAAUUUUCUUUCUUUUUUUAAAUGCUGCACUUAACAAAGGAUUCAUAACCAUAGCAUUUGAAAUUUGUGUGUAGAUGGACGAUUUUUUUAUUUUUAUUUUUUAUGUGCCACUGUUUGAGCAGUCAAAAUAGCUUGCGAUGUUUUUGGUUACACGGCAAUCCAUGCCAGAGUGAAAUGCAAUCUCACUGGGGGGGAGGGGGACACGAAAUAUAAUAUACGUGCAUGGUAUUGCUUUUCAUUAGUGAUGUGGAUAUCGUAUCGCACUGAAAAGCAAAGCCUCCACUCUCUUACUCUUGCGUCACUUGAUCGGCCUCUUUUUAAUGAAAAAUAAUCAGCAGUUGCUUUAUUUAAGAAUUGAAUGUAUUGUAUCAAAAGUGAACACUGUUUAAAGCAAUUCAUGCUAUUGCGAUUCUGUGUACAACGCGAAAUAAAAUACUCACUUUGUGACGUUCAGGAAAUAUAAUUUGCACUACAGUGAAGAGUCUGGAAAGGAUUGGCUUUCGAAAAUUGAACACCCACUUUGUGUCAAAUGAAUGUCAUUCCACUGAAAUGCAGUCACUGUCCACGCAUAACUAUACGUAGUGAUGUGGUUAUAAUGAUCAGAAAACGGAAAAAACGCACUACUUUUUCUUUUUGGUUUGAGUAAAAGGAAAAAGCAUGCCACUCUCACCACUGAGAUUGCAUUUCAUAGUCUGAGUGAUCUACAGAAUGUGUCUCAUAGCAUUCUCGAACCAUGUUUCAAAUAAUUCUCCAGGAAAACUUUUAUUAUUAGUGUGAAAACUAUACAUCAUUAGACUCAGUUUCAUAAAAUAAUCACUAUAAAUUCCUAAGACUGCUUGAACUCCUGUCAACUGAGAUCCACUGUCAUACAAAAAUGUGGUGAUUCUGUAUUUUGAGUGACAUGAAAUAAAGCUAUCGAAAAAAAAUUCUG